UUUGUUUGACAACGAUUUGUUGUUUGUGUACAUCGUUAGUGGAGGAGAGAUAUGCCUUAAAGCUUAGCUAGCAGAAGAUGCAACGAAUAGAUUAAAACUGAAAUUAACUGCGAUGUUGAAAUCGGUAGACAAAUGUCCAGGAUUGUAUUGUGGGCGCAACGUCCUGGCAAACAGUUCUCUCAGUGAAUGUGGAGCGUGUUUGCGAGGGUUUCGAGUGAACGCACAAUACGUUUGUUCUCCUUGUGAAAAGGAUCUUACCUCGCACGAUUGGCUAUAUUUGGGAUUUAUGACUAUUCUUCCGUUGAUUAUUCAUUGGUUUUGCAUCGAUUUAAACGCUCACUUGCGAAAAUUCACCAAAGGAGAGCUCAUUUUGCACGCCAGUGCGUGUGUGGAGGUCUUUCUAUCUGCGUUUCUUACUGUUUUAUUUACCGAUCCCAUUUGGCAUCUGCGGAUUAAUUCGUGCGGUGUCCACAAGCUUUCUGACUGGUAUACACUCUUCCACAACCCAACACCGAACUAUGAGACGACGCUGUACUGCACACAGGAGGCGGUCUAUCCACUGCAAACGAUGAUAUUCGUGUUCUACCUAUUCUGCGUAACUUUGAUGAUGAUCAUUCGACCAGGAUUGAACGUAAAAUUUUUGCCAUAUCGUGGCAAGCUAGCAGUUUACUAUGCGCUCUACAUAUUCCCCAUUUUGGCCCUUCUUCAUGCCGUCGCCGGUGGGCUAAUCUAUUAUUCUUUCCCUUAUUUGAGUGUCCUUAUAUCGGUCGUGUCUAAUGCGCUACACUUUUCGAUUAAACUUAAUCAAACAAUGAAAUCGUUGCUUGAAACUUCGAUUUCCCAAAUGAGGAAUGCUACCAUCAUUCUUGGUCAUUGGGUCUUGUUGGCGUACGGAAUUAUUUCGAUACCAUAUGAAAUUUCGUACUUUUCUUUGCUGCUAGUGCCUGCACCGGCACUGUUCUACAUUUUCACUGCAAAGUACACAGAUCCAGAUAAUUUUAAGUAGUUUUGCUAUCGUUAAACUGUCCCUUAGCAGGAUUAAACGUUGUAUGAUACGCACCAAAUACAAUUGUGAUUGGAAAAUAAAAUUUCUCUUAAUUAAACUA